CGUGACGAGUGUUGCGUUAAUUGUCCGUAAAUUGGGUUCACUUUUGUUUGUCAUUAGAUUUAGCGGCCGUUGUGUUGCCCACUAAUUCCAAUGGGUAAACCGGGUAAGUCUACCGGUGCCACCAGGUCCCGGCUGACUGGGACCCCGAGUACCAGUGCCGCGAGUAAUGGCAACACGACUACCGGCUUCGACACCAGCCUUUCCCUUGGCUUCAAAAACGGCAAUUUAGUGCGGCUUUCGUUACGGGAUUUCAUGACCUACAAGAAGGUGGAGAUGAAGGCGGGACCCAAUCUGAACCUCGUGUUGGGCCCCAACGGCACCGGGAAGUCGGCGCUCGUGUGCGCCGUCAUCAUCGGUCUGGGAGGCGAGCCCUCCACCACCGGCCGGCGAAUACAUCCGCUUCGGGUGCAACUCAGCGCUCNAUCAUCGGUCUGGGAGGCGAGCCCUCCACCACCGGCCGGCGAAUACAUCCGCUUCGGGUGCAACUCAGCGCUCGUGGAAAUCGAGCUCUACAACGACAACGGGACCGCUAAGAACCAUCUGAUCCAACGGGUGAUCCAAUCGAAACAGAGCUCUAGCGGUAAGACUGAGUUCACGUCGAGUUUCAAACUGAACGGCAAAGAGGCGAACCGUACGACUGUCCGCGAGUUCACGCGAACUCUGAACAUAAAUGUCGACAAUUUGUGUCAAUUCCUGCCUCAGGAACGGGUCGUCGAGUUCGUCAAAAUGGACAGAAAGACACUCUUGGAGUGCACUGAGAAGGCGGCCGGCGAUGAGCACAUGUAUGACUCGCACGUGGAGAUCGUGAGGCUCACCAAACAGAUCAAGAAGUUGAAUGACAUGAACGCCGACCUCUCGGAUCAGAUCACCAGUGAAACGGCGCAACAGCAGAGGGCGGAGGAGGAGCUCCGGAGGAUUGAAGAGCGCGACAAAUAUAAGGAUGAGAUCGAGUGGUUGGCGCGGAAGCGGCCGUGGAUUGAGUACGAAGACAAACGCGUGGAAUACACGGCCUCUAAAGAGCAGCUGAUCGCCAAGAAGGAGGAGAUGAGUCGUCUGUCGAAGUGUUUGGAACCGCUGAAGACUGAAGUGAACGCCGCCCGCAAGGCGUUCGAGAAGUGCCAGAUCCUCAAGAAUAAGGCCAUCACUGAUAUGCGAAAAGUGGCCCAAAAGGUGGAACCGAUUAAGAAUAAGAUCGAGAAGUCGUUCGAAGAUAUAAAGGACGCAAAGAAUGGUUACUUCGAGAAAGAAAAG